UCAUUGCAUAAAAAGCUUGUGGGCUGUUGACUUCACAUCAGACAGUAGCAACCAGACAACUAAUUCUUCUCUGUGUACCAGCUUUUCUGUCUCUAGGUCUAGCCUACUUUGAAGCAUGAGUUCCUACCAGCAGAAGCAGCCCUGCAUCCCACCCCACGAGCCUCAGCAGCAGGAGGUGAAACAGCCCUGCCAGCCUCCACCCCAGGAAACAUGUGUCCCCGAAACCAAGGAGCCAUGCCACACCAAAAUGCCAGAGCCCUGUCACCCCAAGGUUCCUGAGCCAUGCCAACCCAAGUUUCCAGAGCCCUGUCACCCCAAAGUUCCAGAGCCCUGCCACCCCAAAGUUCCAGAGCCCUGCCACCCCAAAGUUCCAGAGCCCGGCCACCCUAAAGUUCCAGAGCCAUGUCCUUCACCAGUUAUCCCGGGGCCAGCUCAGCAGAAGACCAAGCAGAAGUAAUGUGGUCCACAGCCAAGCCCUUGAGGAGCCAACCACCAGAUGCUGAAUCUCCUCUCCCAUUCUACUUCUGCAUCCCAUUUACAAUUAACAUGCUGUCACCCUGAGUCAUAACCCCUCCCUCUUUGCACCCUCUAAAAAAGUUUUCCUCACACUCAGCCUGGAGGGCUCCUGAGCCUUUGAAUAAGGCUGAAAGGCUCAUUGGUUGAGCUAGUCUUCUGGCUGCUCAGGGCUCAUCUGAAGAGGGAUAUUAGGGUCAGGGGAAUCAAGUGAAUCUUUCCUGCUCUGCCCCCGUUAAAUCACUUUUAACUCCA